AUGGGUGUCCAAAGAUUCUGGGUUUCUACUCUCGUUAUACUCUUAACAUACCUCAGCGCCAUCAGCAAUGCUCUGCCCAGACCGCAGGCUAGGCAAGCUCUCGUCACCAUCCCUAGCAUACCCAACGGCCACUGGAUCGAUACCUGGGCAGCAAUGCCGCAGUUGACGGAGUAUACGAACCUUCCUCCGCCUCCAUAUAACAACACCGCCAAUCAGUUCUACAACAGCACGAUCCGCCAGACGCUGCACAUGUCAACCGGCGCCGAGCAGAUCCGGAUCCGAAUCUCCAACGCCUUUGGCCUCACAGAUCUGCCCAUCACGGCCAUGACUGUAGCUCUGCCCUUCAACGGGUCUUCCGGCGUCAGCGCAAUCCAGCCUUCAACCGUCCAAACCGUGACAUUCAGUGGCGGAAACCCAGGCAUCACCAUUCCCAAUGGUGCUCUCGCCGUGUCUGAUCCGUUGAACUUCCCCGUCCAGCCCCUGUCCACCAUCUCCGUGACGCUAUACCUAGCGGCAGGGCAGAACGGGACCGCCAUCACGAGCCAUCCGGGUAGUAGGGCGACUUCGUGGUUUACCAUGGGCAAUCAAGUCGGUGCCACGAAUUUGACGGGGCCGUUGUUGAACAGUACCGCGCAUUGGUACUUCCUCUCCGCCGUCGAGGCAUGGUCUCCUCCCGACUACCGCACCUGGGCCAUCAUAGGCGACAGCAUCACCGACGGUCGCGGCAGCGACACGGACCAGAACAACCGCUGGCCUGAUCUGGUGUAUGCGCGCAUGGCGGCAUCGAACUCGUCGGCUCUAACAUCAAUCUCAUUCAUCAACCAAGCCGCGGGCGGAAACCGGAUUCUUCACGACGGACUAGGACCGAGCGUCCUUUCACGCCUUGAGCGCGAUGUCCUCUCUCACCCUGCCAUUCGGUGGGUGAUGAUUUUCGAGGGCGUCAACGACAUCGGCACUGCAGACCCCACGGCCUCCAACCAAACGAUGCUCUACGACGCCCUGAUCUCGGGGUACAUCCAGAUUGCCCGGCGCGUGCACGCCAUGGGCAUCCCGCUCUUCGGCGCGACCAUCACGCCCUUCUCAGCCCCAGGCUACAACAAGACGGCGCAAUCGUAUUCGGACCCGCUGCGCGAACAGACGCGGCAGAAGGUCAACGACUUUAUCCGCAAUUCGGGCACCUUUGACGCGGUCCUCGACUUUGAUGCCGUGUUGAGGAACCAGAGCUUUCCUAGCCAGUUGGCCGACGCGCUGCAGUCGGGGGAUUACUUGCAUCCUAAUGAGGCCGGGUACCAUAGGGUGGCCGAGACGUUUGAUCUGAGUUUGUUUGAGAGGUUCGAGGGUGGGGUCGGGGGGUUUCUGUAG